GCGUGAUUUGACGUCAGGCUGUCAUGGCUGCGCUGAGGAAGCUAAAGUUCUGUGCGGUUUCUCCGACGACGAAACACACCGCCUCGGUCAUCUUCCUGCACGGAUCAGGGGAUACUGGUUCUGGUCUGAGGUCAUGGGUCAGAGAUGUUCUGGUUCCAGAUCUGGUCUUCAGUCACAUCAAAGUGAUUUACCCCACAGCUCCUCCCAGGCCGUACACGCCCAUGAGAGGGGCUCUGUCUAACGUCUGGUUCGACCGCCGCAAGAUCUCGCGGGACAGUCCCGAACACCUGGAGUCCAUAGACCACAUGUGUGACACGUUAGAGUCCGUGAUCCAGGACCAGGUCAGAGCGGGGAUCCCCAAACACCGGAUCGUCAUUGGUGGGUUUUCGAUGGGCGGGGCCAUGGCUCUACACCUGGUGUGUCGACGCCAUCCGGAUGUGGGCGGAGUUUUUGCCCUGUCCAGUUUCCUCAACAAAGAUUCUGUCGCCUUUAAGGCGGUGGAGGAGCGUCACCGAGCGGGCCUCCCCCUCCCCCCCCUGUUGCAGUGUCACGGUGAGGACGAUGAGCUGGUUCUCCAUCGGUGGGGCGCGGACACGUCCGAACUGCUGACGAAGAGUGGCAUGUCUUCAUCCUUCCACUCGUUCUCUGAUCUGAACCACCAGCUGAGCCGGCCGGAGCUGGAGCUAGUGAAAGACUGGAUCCUCUCCAGACUCCCCCCAGACUCCUCCCCCUCCCCCUCCCCCUCUUGACCCCCAGUUCUCACCGUUUUUCAGUUAGUUAAUAAAAAUCUUUAUUAUCAGU